GGAGCAGAAGUUCUCCCACGAGACGUACCGCGCCGAGGGCCGGGAACUCGUUAAAUCGUGUGUGUCUUUAUAUUCUGCACUAACCUAGAUCAAGUUAACUUCUAACCUAAGUAACCUAAGCUAAUAAUCUCUACAGAUACUGUCGUCUCCGUGGCUAUAAUGUUAUUUAUAUAUGUGGAACAGAUGAUUACGGGACUGAAAAUCAGACCAAAGCUACUGAGACCGAAGCUCUCGAGGAGAAUUGCUCCACGGAGGAAGUCUGUGACAAGUACCAUGCCAUUCAUAAACAAGUUUAUGACUGGUUUGAUAUCAGUUUUGACGUGUUUGGUCGGACUUGUACUCCACAACACACACAAGUGUCACGAGCAAUUUUUAACCAGCUGUGGCAAAAAAAAUUUGCUUAAAGAGGACUCAGCCACAAUUUGCGAGCCAGACCAUCGGUUUAUUGAGCUUCCACGCCUGGAAGAUAGGCAGCAGUAUCAUAUCCAGUAUAUAAUCGGCUCUUGUGAAACUUGGAGCACAAAUGCUCUUUCACCCACGUUCGCUUGGUUUAAGGAAGGACGUAGACAGGGAUGCAUCACACGGGAUCCAAAGUGGGGAAUUCCCGGCCGACAUGAGAUAUACCAGGAUAAGGUCUUCUACGCCUGGUUUGACGCUCCUAUUGGAUACGUCUCAAUAACAUCAUGCUACACCUCUGAAUGGGACAAGUGGUGGAAGAAUCCUGAUAACGUGGAACUUUACCAGUUUAUGGGAAAGACUGCCUCCCAUUUCACACUGUGAUGUUUCCCUUAGCUCAGCGUGGCAGUGGGGAAAACUGGACAAUGGCCAAGACAGUCAGCGCGACAGAAUAUUUGAACUACGAAGGCGGAAACUUUUCCAAGAGCGAAGGUGUUGGAGUGUUUGGUAAUGAUGUCAGAGAUACAAGUAUCCCUGUUGAAGUAUGGCGAUACUACUUGCUGGCCAGAAGGCCUGAGGUGUCUGACGCAUCAUUUAAAUGGAAGGAUCUUCAAGCAAAUCUGAAUACCAAGUUGUUGGGCCUAGGCAACUUUGUAAAUCGAGUUCUGCUUCUUAUUGCAGGUUAUGGGUCUGUCAUUCCUGAUGCUCCUCGUGCUAAAUCUCACAUUCUGUCUACAUGCGUGGGUGUUAAGGUUGGAAGAUUGGUGGCUGAGUAUGUCAAAGCCAUGGAAAAGGUUCAGCUCAAGCAUGGCCUGAAUACUGCUAUGCUCGUUGUGGGUCAAGGGCACAAAUAUUGGAAACUUUACAAGGGAGAUAAAAGGCGUAGUGCAGUUUUUUUAAGAACGGCUGCUGGUUUAGUACACCUUGUUGCACGAUUGUUAGAGCCUUUCAUGCCAUCGUUUUCACGUGGGGUGUUUGAGCAGCUCAAUUUGCUUCCACUUUUUUCCCUCUCCGACGAGAGAGGAGAGCUAUUGCAAGCAAGUAGACCCUGGGAGAUUCUUCCUCCUAACCACAGGAUAGGCACCCCUCGACCAUUGUUCGAGUUUUUGAAAGAUGAACAUGUGGAAUCGUACAAACAAAUGUUCUCUGGAAGUCUGGCUCGUGAACGCCCUAGGCCUGCAGAGGAAGCAGGUUUGGAUAUCGAUGCACUGGCUCUCUUAUAACAUUUAGCGUUUUAAUAAUACUUUCUGAAUCAUUUUGAUGUCGUAUUAUUACCAAAUACAAUGUUUCCUUUGAAUGAAUGCCUAUAUUACGAAGCGAAAAAAAAAAAAAAAGGACCAAAGACUUUUCUCAUUUUCUGUCUUGAAAAGUAAAAUAAACAAAAAGAAAACAAAAAUAAGAGCGAAACUAGAAAGAGAAGAGCAUGCGAGCACGUUCGUUCGUUAAGAUCAACAACUAAAAAAUGGAGAGCACAUCAUCUCCUUCCCUUCAAGCCACCGUCUUUACUUUCGUUUACACUACGUUUCCUUCUCCACGUUUCUCUUUUACAAAACAAAAACAAAGCAGAGACCAAGGGCUUUCCCAAAAUGGCCAACUCCAAAAGAUUGUUUGGCGUUGUGCGGAGGAACCUUCUCCGACGAUCUCCUAGCACCAUUCGCUCAUCUGUACGAGAAACCAGUAGACAACACAAUGCCGCCAUUAAAAUCCAAGCUUUCUUCAGGGGUCACCUGGUAAAACAUGAACACAUUAACCUUGUUCUUUUCUUUUUUUAAAGUUGACCAUUGCAAGUGUUGUAGGCAAGGAGAGCGUUUAGAGCGCUCAAGAGUCUGGUGAAGCUUCAAGCGGUGGCGAGAGGUGUGCUUGUGAGGAGACAAGCUCGAAUAGCCUUACAUUGUAUGCAUGCUCUUGCUCGCUUGCAGGUUAGGGUUCGUGCUCGUCAGAUUCUCUCCCAUUAAAAAUUCCAUGACAUAUUACCUCUCUUGCGAUUGUGACAUCUACAUAAUAACAUUGUCCUUUCAAAUU